UUUUUCUAUGUUCUGAAAUAAAUAUACGAACAGCUUUAUUUUUGCAAUACACAUAAUAAAAUCCUACUUAAAAACAGUAUAUCAUUCAUUUAUUGGGCAAGGAUAUAUUAAAUGUUGAGGUUGUCAGACUAUUUGCAAUAUGUCAGGGAUGCAUUACACAGUUUUAGGUAUUUAGCGAUUGUACACACUGGUCACACUGUAUAGAAAGCAAAACGAAAACAUAAACUUCGAUAAAGUUGAUCAAAAUUAAUGUACAAUAGUAAUUAACACAAAAUGAGCGCCCACCACCGGCCUCUUGACGAAUCGGAUGUUAUGCUAAUACGCACGAUUCGCUCAACGCCCUCACUAUACGAUCACAGGCAUGGCGACUUUCGUUUGUCGCAGCGCAAAGAGGAGGAUUGGGCUAAAGUCGCAGAUACUUUGAACAUUUCAUCGCCAGACGCGCGACGUCGCUGGACUUGUCUCCGGGAUCGUUAUUCUCGUGAGCUGAAACAGAUGCGCCUUCAUCCGGCCUCCGAAUUUGGACGUAAUGAGUUUUUUCGCCAAAUGGACUUUUUGCGGGAAUUUGUGCGCAAGCGACGCGAGCGAAGCCGUCGCGACGAUUGCGCCAACUGGCUAAAAACGGACGUGAGAACGCCGACGAAGGUGAAAGUACGCGCGGAGCCAGACGCGUUAAUCGAACAGGAUUUGGAUGAGUCGCAGGUGUAUGAUGAGUGCGAUCACAACUACGAUGCCGAUGCCAAGCUGGAGGUGCAGACAACGCAAUCGGAAAGCUAUUCAGUGCUGGUCGAAGCGGACGAUGGCGAUGGCCAUGAUUCCUAUGAAGAGUAUAUGGCCGAAACGGAAUCGAAUGAUCACAAAGUGUUGCCCUCGCUGCACUCAUCGCCGGCACUGGUCAGCGAGGUGCCAGAGACGACAGCGGCAGCUACAACGGUGUCCACAGUGGCUGCAUCGCCGUCUGAUGCUGACCAUUCUCAGACGGAAAUGGACUACAUGGUCUGCAUGCCGAGUGUGCGAGCGGAACGCGACCACAAGCCAGAGACGGCGUCGAACUUCGAAGCACUAGUUGCUCCACCGACAACAUCAGGCACAGCAGGAGCAAACGCCAGUUGCAGCGGAAGCGGCAUGAAUGAGACUGAAGAUGAUUUCUUCUGCAAAUCGGUGGCGGCCUAUUUGCGACAAUUGUCGCGUCGGCAUAAGAUUAAGGCUAAAGUGGAAAUGUAUCAGAUACUGGAGAAGUACAUAUUGCUGGAGGAGUCGGCGGAGGCGACCACAUAGAUUACACACAAACACACACAUAGCGAGACCUAUGUACAUAUAUAAAUGUAUAUAUAUAGUUUUUAAAUAGAUUUUUAUGGAGUACAAAUAUACAAGUGACAAAAAAUCAA